AUGGUCGGCAUCGGACCUCCAAUAAGCAACGAAAAAAUGGCUUAUCCAGUACGUCUACAGGCGCCACAAGCCAAUGCACUACAGCUGUCCUACGCGCGAGACAUGCCGCUGCAGGAGAAGCCACACGCUAUAAUGCAGCUGUCUUCCUGGAAGAAUAUUAGGCGUGCGGCUGGCGAGUUUAGCAGCUCCGCCUGGGAGUUGGCCUUUCGUUUCGGACAAAGCACGACAAUUCAUGGCGUGAACAGAUUGUUUAGCAGAAGAGCGGGCAAGUAUGAGCGCUGCGUCUGGUUUUUAACGGUCAUGCUAGCACUUUUGGGCGCCAUCUACGUAAGCCACUUACUCUCCGAACGCUUCAGCGAGGGCAGACUGGAGACUGUAGUCGAUAGCACUCGUAAACCCGUUUACCAGAUACCCUUUCCCGUAGUGACAAUUUGUAAUGGCAAUCAACUCAAUUGGCAACGUUUUGAAGAAGCAAAGCGAAAAUUUCUCAAACCCGAUGCCACCCAGGAGAGCCAACAAAUCUUCGAACUUAUAGUUGCCAGCUAUGAUAAUGUGAAAUUUGCCCACUUCAAAAGCUUUAUGAGCUUACAAAACAUCUCCGUCGAUACACUGAAUUACAUUGACUUCAGUAAAGUGGUCGAGUUCAUGACGUGGCGUUGUGAAGAGCUCAUUAGUCAUUGCAUCUGGAAUCGUUUCCCGAUGAACUGUUGUGAAAUAUUCUCUUUGCGUCGCAGCAAAUAUGGGCUUUGUUGGGCUUUCAACACUUUAGAAACGGAAGAGGGGCGUAAAAAGCGUGAACUUGAUCUCUUAUAUCCUUGGCAUACAGGCGCUGCGGGCCCAGGAAGUGGUCUACUGGCACGCGUGUCUAUUAAUCCGGAAAAACAUUAUCCGAAGAGCACAAACGAAAAGGGUUUACAAAUAAUGAUUGCGGAGCCGCUUGUGUGGCAUCAAACUGCCAUGAGUAUACCAGAGAAUACGCACACAAUGAUAGAAGUGGAGCCUGUGAUAUACUACUACGACAAUAAUACGCGCGGAUUGGGCUCAAAGUUGAGGGAGUGCAUUUUCAAUAAUGAAAGGAACAACAAGAACUUUCGGACACUUAAUGGUUACGUUUAUAUGAUUGAAAAUUGCCAAUCUGAGUGUCAUCAACAGUACUUGGUAAAAUACUGUAAUUGCACAUUGGACUUGCUAUUUCCACCUGGUCCCUAUCCUUCCUGCAAAGCAAAGGACUUGCUGUGUCUAGCGCAGAAUAACGAUCGCUUCGUAUACUCACGCAGGGAGGAAGAGGAGCAAUAUGUGCGUAACUAUCACGAAGGCAUGAUUUGUGAGUGCUUUCGCAAUUGUUACUCGCUAAAUUAUUUCGCGGAUGCGCGUCCUUCACAUCUAACACCGGAGACGCGCGGCAAUCAAUCAUAUGUUGAAUUAGACGUGCAUUUCCGUUUCGAAACGAUGAUGGUUUAUCGCACAAGUUUGAUUUUCGGUUGGGUGGAUUUGAUGGUCGCGUUUGGUGGCAUUGCUGGUCUCUUCCUCGGCUGCUCCUUGAUUAGUACAAUGGAAUUGGCCUACUUUCUACUCGUAGAUCUGCCCACAUUUGUGCUACAAAAGUCUCGCAACAACAAAAGAAAAUUACAAAAAGAGCAACGCCCACCGACACUACUGCAGGAGUUCCAAGUGAAAAACGGUAUUAAGCAGAUACAUCAAAUAAAUAUGAAAAGCCAGCUCAUCCAACCACAAAGCUACGAGAAUCUAUUCCAUAAUAACAAAACGAAUAAAAAGCUGCCACAUAUUGCCGACUGGCAAACACCACACAUAGCGAAAAUAAAUUACUAA